AUGAACGUGGAGGAGCUACCAGAGGAGAUGCUGCAGCACAUCUUCCUGGCCCUGGACCACCCCAAGCACCUACCUCGCGCAGCGCUCGUCUGUCGGGUGAGCAACGACCCCACAGUGCAGCGCAUGUGGUGGGGCAACCACCCCAUGCGCCUUCGCUUCAACGAUACCACCACGCAUCGUCACUGCCGCUCGCCCCUCGGGUGCACCCUCAACCCCGCACAGCUCUUCGCCGGCUGCCUGAUAACAAACCUGACCGACGGUUACUACUGCAACCUUCGGUUCACCGGCACCCGCGCUGAGGAGCCCGUGGAACAAGAGCCGCGCCAGACCAUCUACCGAUAG